UGCAGUUCAUCUCUACAAAGCUCUUGCGCAUUAUUACAACCCCACUACCUUUCCCAAUUCUUCACCACAACCCCAUAAACCCUAAACCCAAAACCUUCUCCUACAUUCCCAAAAUGUCCUGGCAAUGCAAAAAGUGCACCUUCCUCAACCCCAAAACCCUUUCAUCUCCAAAACCCACCUGCCAAAUCUGCCUCUCUUCACCACCCCAAUCCCCAUCUUCAUCUUCCUCCUCUGCUCCCAAAUGGGCCUGCAAGGCCUGCACUUUCUUGAACCCUUCUAAACUCUCCACCUGUGAGGUCUGUGAGACAAGGGCACCCAUCUCCAGCUUUGAGGAUCUGAGUAAUGAACGUGGAGAUGAGGUUGAUGAUCAGGUGGGUUCUGUCUUAUUUCCCUUGCAGAGGUGUAAGAGGCAGAGGGUUGAAGACCCAGUUGAGUUUGCUAAGAAAGGUUGGUUUUUUAAUCUGGGUUUGGUUGCUAAGGAUUCUGCUACCUUGAAUGUGCUUAGAGGAGUUAAGGUAUCUGAUGAGAAGAAGAAGAAGACUACUGUAUCAGAGAGCACUAGUUCAGUUGAAUCUGCAAAGGGUGAUGCCAAAUUCAGUUUGUUUCAAGGAGUCAAGGUGUCUGAUAAGAAGGCUACUGUAUCAGAGAGCACUGAUUCUGGAGUGGUUUUGAAUACUCUGAAGGUUUUGACUUACAAUGUUUGGUUUCGGGAAGACUUAGAAAUGCACAAGAGAAUGAAAGCUAUUGGUGACCUUAUCCUGCAGCAUUGCCCAGAUGUCAUUUGCUUUCAGGAGGUUACCCCUGAUAUAUAUGACAUCUUUCGACAAUCGAACUGGUGGAAAAUGUACCAAUGCUCAAUUCCAAAUCAGAUGGAGAUUUUGCAGCCUUACUUUUGCAUGCAGUUAAGCAAACUGCAAGUGAAAGCCUUUAGCUGUAGACCCUUUUCAUACUCUGCAAUGGGGAGAGAACUCUGUGUUGCUGAGGUUGAGGUACAGGGGGGAAAACAUCUUGUUGUUGGCACUAGCCAUCUUGAGAGCCCUUGCCCAGGCCCUCCAAAAUGGGAUCAGAUGUACAGCAAGGAACGUGUAGAUCAGGCAAAGGAGGCCCUCAACUUUUUGAAGAAGAACCCAAAUGUGAUCUUUUGCGGGGACAUGAAUUGGGACGACAAGUUGGAUGGCCAAGUUCCGUUGCCUGACAACUGGCUUGAUGCUUGGGCUGUGUUACGGCCAGGGGAAGAUGGAUUUACUUAUGAUACCAAGUCCAACCAAAUGUUGAUGGGUAACAGAUCACUGCGAAAGCGACUAGAUCGGUUCUGUUGCUCUCUGAAUGAUUUCAGGGUGAGCAAAAUUGAAAUGAUUGGGACAAAAGCAAUCCCGGGUCUCUCAUAUAUCAAGGAAAAGAAAGUGAAAGGGGAGAUUAAGAAGCUGGAGCUUGCUGUGUUGUCCAGCGAUCAUUAUGGCUUGCUUUUGACAAUCUGUGGCCAGUAAUAUAAGUUUGGUGAAGUGUGAAUCAUAGAGAUUAAUCAGUUUAUCCUCGGGGUCAUAGUUUCUUUUUCUCUUGCGGCAGAUUGGCGGUCUUUCCAUGCAUGCUUCGCAUGGUAUUUUGAACAUAGAAGGUGGCUGUUGCCUUCACAUUUUGUACGUAUGAAGUUUUGUAGAUGAAACAGUGCAAUUAUGCAACUGCCAAACUGAGUGGCUAGUAUUUUGUCUAGUCUCUA